GUAACAAUGUGAAUGGACCAGGCGACAGAAGACGAAUUGUUUUGGAGCGAUGUAAGUGUGAGAAAAGUCACGAGUGGCACUCAACUAAAAUGUUUUAAAGAAGUAGGAAAUGUAAAGGGAAAUCUGAACAGUGAUGGCGCCGUUAAUAGUUGUACUCCCAUGGCCGGCCCGAGAAAGAGUCCAAGCGAUGAGCUACCCAGCUGUCAUUCAACUGCAAAUUAUGAACACAGAGACGACCAGAAAGUAGACGUGAUCGAAGACGAGGUUAUAGUUAGCCGUGCCAUUGUUGAUUUGUCGAUAGCACGGGCAAAACAGCAAUUUGCCAGAGAGGAACUCGCGACGAGUGUAGACAGUAAUAUAAACAUCGAUUUGUUCGUUAAGGAUUACGUGCAGGAAGUGAUAUCUGGCGCCAUACUGGUAUAUUUUGGUGCACAAAUGUGAAGAAAAGCAUUGUACAAG